GGAGGGUCUUUUUCAAUAUGUCUACAACCACGUUGCUCCCAAAGUCCCAAAGUGUCCAAUCGCAGUACUGCACGAAAUAAAACACCCUGCCCACCAAAAGACUGCCCCAUUCGAUAUUUGCCGACUUUCGAGCCGGCUUUAGAUAUUAUUGUCAACUUCUGAGAUAUUGUCGGUCAAGGUUUCCACGGAGGGCAAUCUCACAUGCAUAUCAUUGGCGGUAGCAUAUGGUACGCUUUGGUCCAGCUCCAGGCAGCGUCAGAGGCUCCCUUAUCCACAUCUACACCGCUACGUGUUCGUCAUGGUAAUUAAGACUGUGCCGAAGAGAGCAUCUCCGAGUUGAAGAAGAAGAAGAGCACGCAAGUACAAAUACGCCGCGAGAUCCUUGGGAGGAGGAUGAAAUGUGCCCAUCAACACCUCAAUCAAUCCAUUUCUCUCAAAUCGCACUGCCAGCGUGAAACACCAUGGUUCACUCAACAAUCCAACCCGCCAUCUUCUACUGGGGCACGCCCGUUGUGCUGAUAACCACACGAAAUCCUGAUGGGACCUCGAACAUUGGUCCCAUGUCAUCAGUAUUCUGGCUCGGCAAUCGCUGUAUGCUCGGACUUGGGGCGUGUUCGCAAACUACAAUCAAUCUGCUCCGCGAGGAAGAAUGUGUGCUUAAUCUGCCGUCAGACGACAUGAUCCCGCAGGUCAAUGCAUUGGCACGCACAACGGGCUCAAAGGAGAUACCUAAGGUCAAAGUCAUGCUCGGCUACCGUUACGACAAGGAUAAAUUCAAGACUAGCGGUCUGACACCAAUGAAGUCUGAGCUUGUGCGUCCAGACAGAAUCAAGGAGUGUCCCGUGCAGAUGGAAGCCGAGCUGGCAGGGUACCACGAAAUGAUGAGCAGUCUCCCGGGAAAGGUAAAGGGAUUCACCUUAGCGAUCGAAGUUAAGGUGAAGAGGACGUACGUGGAAGAGAAAUUGCGCUUGCCUGGGCAUGAGAAUCGCAUCAAUCCAGACGUCUGGCGCCCCAUGAUCAUGAGCUUCCAGCAUUUGUAUGGGUUGUCGAACGGCGCGCGGGAGAAGUCCUCGUUGGCAGAUAUUGAGGAGGAAUUGUACAGGUUGCCUGUUGAUUAGGACCUAGAGUAUCUCAUUCCACUUGAACAAUAGAAGGUAGAAAUGGAGCAAAACCCUGAUUCACAAA